GAUUCUGGCCUAGUUGCACUCCGCUGCAUACUCCCUCCACAAUGCCUGGCAGAAGACGAAGAACAAACUAGAGAACCGGAAACUGCAAUUUUCUUCUUCUUCUUAUUUCUCUGAUCAGCUUCUCCGCAAAUCACCGAUCAAACGAUCUAAGAAGAACAAAAUCCAUUCAUUUCCCGUUCUCAUCCCCCAAAACAAAUCCACAACUCGCAAUUUAAUCGAAAACGAAGACAAAGAAGACGCAGAAGAAGAAGAAUACCUCAAUUGAUCGACAAUGGCGGAAUUCAUGGACCUAGAGGCGCAGGACGGCGUCCGAAUGCCGUGGAACGUGCUGCCCGGCACGAAGCAGGAGGCGACGAGCUGCGUCGUCCCUGUGUCGGCGAUCUACACUCCGAUCAAGCCCCUUCCCAACAUCCCCGUCGUCCCUUACGGCCCUCUCCGCUGCCGCACCUGCCGCUCCAUUCUCAACCCUUUCUCCAUCGUCGAUUUCGUCGCCAAGAUCUGGAUCUGCCCUUUCUGCUUUCAGCGCAACCAUUUUCCCCCUGGAUACGCCACCAUCUCCGACGACAACCUUCCUGCCGAGCUCUUCCCUCAGUACACAACAAUCGAGUACGAGGACCAGGCCUCCAACGCCUCGUCGCCGCCUCAGCCGCCGGUUUUCAUGUUCGUCCUCGAUACUUGCAUAAUUGAGGAGGAGGUGGCCUUCCUCAAGUCCGCGAUUUCGCAGGCGAUCGAUCUCCUCCCCGAUCAUUCUCUCGUCGGAUUGAUUACCUUCGGCACUUUCGUCCAUGUUCAUGAGCUAGGGUUCGGGCAAAUCUCUAAGACGUAUGUUUUCAGAGGAUCGAAGGACGUUUCCAAGGAUCAGCUUCUCGAAAGCAUGAAUUUCUUCCUCAAAAAGCCGAAACCGAGCGCCGGUGUCAUUGCCGGCGUCAGGGAUGGUCUCUCCGCCGACGCCAUCUCUCGGUUUCUGUUACCUGCGUCGGAGUGCGAGUUCGUGCUGAAUUCGGUGUUGGAGGAGCUGCAGAAAGAUCCUUGGCCGGUGCCGGCUGAUCAGCGGGCGACGAGGUGCACCAGCACGGCCCUGAGCAUAGCAGCCAGUUUGUUGGGAGCGUGCUUUCCUGGCUCCGGAGCUAGAAUCAUGGCGUUUGUGGGCGGUCCAUCGACGGAAGGCCCUGGUGCGAUUGUAUCGAAAAAUUUAUCUGAACCAAUUCGUUCACAUAAAGACCUGGAUAAGGAUUCUGCUCAACAUUUUCAUAAAGCUGUGAAGUUCUACGAGGGACUUUCAAAGCAGCUCGUACAUCAAGGACAUGUACUUGAUCUUUUUGCUUGUGCCCUUGACCAGGUGGGGAUGGCAGAACUUAAAGUUGCUAUCGAAAAAACCGGUGGACUUGUUGUACUUGCAGAAAGUUUUGGCCAUUCGGUAUUUAAGGAUUCACUUAAACGUGUUUUCCAGUCAGGCGAUCAUGAUCUUGGUUUAGCCUCAAAUGGUAUAUUUGAGAUAAACUGCUCAAAGGAUAUCAAGGUUCAGGGCAUAAUUGGUCCUUGUGCAUCUCUUGAAAAGAAAGGUCCUCUAUGCUCUGACACGGUUGUUGGCCAGGGAGGUACCAGUGCAUGGAAGAUGUGUGGCCUUGACAAAGCUACGUCUUUGUGUUUACUGUUCGAAAUAGUUAAGAAGGAAAUUCCAGAAGCUGCAGUUGCGACUGCUAGCAAUCAAUUUUACUUCCAAUUUUUAACUUAUUAUCAGCAUAACAGUGGUAAAAUGAGACUUCGUGUUACAACCCUCUCGAGAAGAUGGGUAGCUGGACAGGGAAGCCUACAGGAUUUGAUUGCUGGAUUUGACCAAGAAGCAGCUGCUGGAGUCAUGGCACGCCUAGUUUCUUUUAAAAUGGAGACUGAGGCAGAGUUUGAUCCUAUUAGGUGGCUAGAUAAAUCAUUGAUACAUCUCUGUACGCGUUUCGGAGAUUACCAAAAAGACAGUCCAUCUUCUUUCAGCUUAAAUCAGCGACUUUCAAUAUUCCCUCAAUUUGUUUUUCAUUUAAGACGCUCUCAAUUUGUCCAGGUUUUCAAUAACAGCCCGGAUGAGACUGCAUACUACAGAAUGAUUCUAAAUAGGGAAAAUGUUGCCAAUUCGGUUGUGAUGAUACAGCCUUCAUUGAUCUCAUACUCAUUUCAUACGGCCCCAGAACCAGCAUUUCUUGAUGUAGCUGCCAUCGCAGCUGAUAGGAUUCUACUUUUGGAUUCCUAUUUUACUGUUGUUGUUUUUCAUGGUUCAACUAUUGCUCAGUGGCGAAAAGCUGGAUAUCAUACUAUGCCAGAACAUCUGGCAUUUGCUCUGUUGUUGCAAGCUCCUCGUGAUGAUGCAGAUGCAAUAGUCAAGGAAAGAUUUCCGGUUCCUCGCUUAGUGGUUUGUGAUCAGCAUGGUUCUCAGGCUCGAUUCCUUUUGGCAAGAUUGAAUCCAUCUGCUACAUAUAACAAUGAUGCUCCUCUCCCUGGAGGGGAUAUCAUCUUUACAGACGACGUUAGUUUUGAGGUCUUCAUGGAUCAUCUCAAAAGAUUAGCGGUUCAAUAAAAUUCCAGAGGGGCGUCUCUACAAUUUUGUACAAUUUAUUUUCCCCCCAUUUUCCAAUUGCUUGUAUAGUUAUGCAUACGACUAGUUCCUAUUUCAUAGCACUGUAUUGGUUUUUGCUCUUUUUGACGUCAAUUUUAUGAGUCGAUUAAUUGUGAUAGGAAGUGUUUUCUUUUUUCUUUUUUUGACCUAUAGUACAAUAGAUUCAUUGAUGAGUUUCCCCCUUUUUCGCCAAAAUAAUUUUGGCAUAUCAUACCAGUCAUAUUUUCCCCCUCUUUGGGACAGUAAUUUCCUUGCAA